GCUUUUGCCCAGCUUGUCUCAGGAGGGAGGACAGUCAGAGAGGCUUUGCUCCAAAGGAAAUUUAUUAAUAUAACUGGACUGAAGUUGGAGAAAUACGUCAAGCACCCCAGAAGCAAAGCAAGAGAGCAUCCCAGGAGAUCAAUGGUGGGACGAGAGAAAUUAACUUCAUUAAGUUAAGUGAGUAGGUGGACGGGCUUUCCACAAAGAUGGCAGAUGAAGACGAUUACGAUGAGGUUGUGGAGUACUACAUAGAAGAGGAGGUCGAGGGUGAACCAGGCGAGGUGAUUACUGAGUUCACUGAGACCACAUACAGCACUGGCUCCGCACCGUACACCGUAACAACAAGACAUACUUCAGAAACAAGCAGGCAUCCUUCAGAAGCGAGAACGCAUACUUAUGAAACAACAACAUCGCGUACUUUGGAUAGUACAACACAACCUCCGGAAGUCACAGACCCUUCUCACAAGGCCUCCCAACCUGUCAGAAAAAAAGUUGUACGGAAAAAAGUGGACACAUCUAAGUUUCGGACACCUUACUUGGAUCACAGUUCAAAAAUGCAAAAGCUCUUCAGCGAUAAAAAGUACAAGGAAAAAUUUGAAAAAGAAAAAGGAAAACAAUGUGGAAUAACAACAGAUACUCCCGAACUUCGGAGAAUCAAGAAAGUCCAGGACCAGCUCAGUGAGGUUAAGUAUCGCAUGGCUGGGGAGGCAGCUAGAACUGAUUGCCACGUUGACGAAAAAGCAAGAGACAUUGAGCAUGCAAAGAAAAUUUCUCAGCAAGUCAGCAAGGUUUUAUACAAACAGAACUGGGAAGAAAAUAAGGAAAAGUAUUUGCUUCCUCCUGAUGCUCCUGAGUUUGUUCAUGCCAUAAAAAAUACAGCCUUAUUCAGUAAGAAACCUUAUGUUGAAGAGUGGGAAGCAGACAAGUCCCUCUUCUAUCCCUACGAUGACAGUCCUGAAUUUAGGAGAGUUGCAAAGGCACAAAAAGCCCUCAGUGAUAUUGUUUACAAAAAAGGACACAUUGAGCAGAAAUCGAAGUACACCUCUGUGCCUGACCGACCUGAUAUGGAGCUUGCCAAGAAAGUUACUCGACAGCUUAGUGAUCACAAAUAUCACGAAGACCAUAAAAAGAAGAAUGGCAAAUGGAGCCAAACACCAUGCUAUGAUGUCGCAGUUGCCAAAAUGAACUCUGACAACUUGAGCCCAAGAAAAUACCAAGAAGACUGGGAAUCGAAGAAAGACCAUAUCUAUUUCAUGCAGACAGCAACACCAGAGUAUACGGUUAAUAAGCGUGCUGGAAUUGCUGCCAGUAAGAUAAAAUACAAGGAAGAUUAUGAAAAAGGCAGAGGUUCAGCAGAUUAUAAUGUACUUCCAGCAACGGAGAAUCCGAUGCUCAGGCAUCUAAAAGCUGUUGCAAAUAAUGUAAAUGAUAGAUUAUAUAAGGAUGCAUACGAGAAAGCCAAAGCGAAAAGUAUUAACUACUGCGAGACUCCAAAGUACAAAAUCGACAAUGUUCUGAAAGACUUUAGUGAUGUCAAAUACAAAGAGCCUUACAUAGCCAAUGUCUUGGGCCGAUACAUAGGCACGGUUGAGGACCCCUAUCAAGCGCAUUGCAUGAGGAUUGAAGCUAUGAAGAGCGGCAAAAACUAUAAAGCGGACUAUGAAGAGGAAAAGGCUAACUGCUACUUCCCCCAGACUUUGACUCAAGAAUAUGAAGUCCAGAAGAAGCUGGACAAGUGCAAAGAUGUUGUCUACAAGAAGCCUCCAGAUCAGAUUAAGUUUACUCAGGUGGCGAAUUCUCCUGUUUUGGUACAAGCACAGAUUAAUACCAAGCAGUUAAGCGAUAUGAAUUACAAAGCCAAACAUGAGGCAGAAAAAUCCAGAUGUUCCAUACCUCCAGAUACUCCUUUCCUUCUUCAGUCCAGAGUCAAUGCUUAUAAUAUCAGUGAUAAUUGGUAUAAGUAUGACUGGGAUCAAUCCAAAGCAAAGAAGUUUGAUAUCAAAAUGGAUGCCAUCCCAAUUCUGGCUGCCAAAGCAAAACAAAAAAUUGCAAGUGAUGUUGAGUACAAGAAGGGCUAUGAAAAGAGCAAAGGAAAGCUUGUUGGAGCUUUGAGUGUUGAAGAUGAUCCUAGGAUCCGGCACUCACUGAAAGUAGGCAAGCUGCAAAGUGAUAGACUAUAUAAGGAACCAUAUGAAAAAGCAAAAGGAGUAAGCAUUAACUAUUGUGAGACUCCACAGUAUCAGGUGGACAAUGUCCUUAAGAACUUUAGUGGGGUGAGAUACAAAGAGCCUUACGUAACCGAUGUCCUGGGCCGGUAUAUAGGCACUUCUGAGGACCCCUAUCAAGCGCAUUGCAUGAAGAUGGAAGCUAUGAAGAGUGACAAAAACUAUAAAGCGGACUACGAAGAUGAAAAGGAUAAAUGUUAUUUCCCUCAAACCAUAACUCAAGAAUAUGAAGUUAUGAAGAAGCUGGAUAUGUGCAAGGAUUCUGCCUACAAAAAGCAUCCUGACCAGAUCAAGUUUACUUCAGUGUCGGAUUCUCCAGUUUUGCUACAAGCGCAGAUUAAUACCAAGCAGCUGAGUGACAUGAACUACAAAGCCAAACAUGAGGCUGAAAAAUCCAGAUGUUCCAUACCUCCUGAUGCUCCUUUUUUCCUUCAGUCCAGAGUCAAUGCUUAUAACAUCAGUGAUAAUUCGUAUAAGUACGACUGGGAUCAAUCGAAAGCAAAGAAGUUUGAUAUCAAAAUGGAUGCUAUCCCAAUUCUGGCUGCGAAAGCAAAGCAAAAAAUCACAAGCGAUGUUGAGUAUAAAAAAGGCUACGAAAAGAGCAAAGGGAAGCUUAUUGGAGCCUUGAGCGUCCACGAUGAUCCCAAGAUCUUACAUUCUCUGAAAGUAGGCAAACUGCAAAAUGAUAGAUUAUAUAAGGAACUAUAUGAAAAAGCAAAAGGAGUAAGCAUUAACUAUUGUGAGACUCCACAGUAUCAAGUGGACAACGUUCUUAAGAACUUCAGUGGGGUGAGAUACAAAGAGCCUUAUAUAGCCAAUGUCCUGGGCCGAUACAUAGGCACUUCUGAGGACCCCUAUCAAGCACAUUGCAUGAAAAUUGAAGCUAUGAAGAGCGAUAAAAACUAUAAAGCGGACUAUGAAGACGAAAAGGCUAAAUGUUAUUUCCCUCAAACCAUAACUCAAGAAUAUGAAGCCCUGAAGAAGCUGGACAUAUGCAAAGAUUCUGCCUACAAAAAGCAUCCUGACCAGUUCAAGUUUACUUCAGUGUCGGAUUCUCCAGUGUUACUACAAGCACAGAUUAAUUCCAAGCAGCUGAGUGAUAUGAAUUACAAAGCUAAACACGAGGCUGAAAAAUUCAAAUGUUCUAUACCUCCAGAUGCUCCUUUGUUUCUCCAGUCCAGAGUUAAUGCUUAUAAUAUCAGUGAUAAUUGGUACAAGUAUGAUUGGGAUCAAUCGAAAGCAAAGAAGUUUGAUAUCAAAAUGGAUGCUAUCCCGAUUCUGGCUGCUAAAGCAAAACAAAAAAUUGCGAGCGAUGUUGAGUACAAGAAAGGCUACGAAAAGAGCAAAGGGAAGCUUAUUGGAGCAUUGAGUGUCCAGGAUGAUCCCAAGAUUUUACAUUCUAUGAAAGUAGGGAAACUGCAAAAUGAUAGACUAUAUAAGGAACUAUAUGAAAAAGCAAAAGGAGUAAGCAUUAACUAUUGUGAGACUCCACAGUAUCAAGUGGACAAUGUUCUUAAGAACUUUAGUGGGGUGAAAUACAAAGAGCCUUAUGUAGCCAAUGUCCUGGGCCGAUACAUAGGCACUUCUGAGGAUCCCUAUCAAGCACAUUGCAUGAAAAUUGAAGCUAUGAAGAGUGAUAAAAACUAUAAGGCAGACUAUGAAGACGAAAAGGCUAAAUGCUAUUUCCCUCAAACCAUAACUCAAGAAUAUGAAGCCAUAAAGAAGCUGGACGUGUGCAAAGAUCAUGCAUACAAGAAACAUCCUGGUCAGAUCAAGUUUACCCCUGUGACAGACUCGCUGGUUAUGGUACAAGCACAAAUUAAUUCCAAGCAGCUGAGUGAUUUGAACUACAAAGCCAAACAUGAAGCUGAGAACAGAUGUUCUAUCCCUCCAGAUGCUCCCUUAUUCCUCCAAUCCAGAGUCAAUGCCUACAACAUCAGUGAUAAUUGUUAUAAGUAUGACUGGGAUCAAUCAAAAGCAAAUAAAUUUGACAUCAAGAUGGACGCCAUUCCAAUUCUAGCUGCAAAAGCCAAGCAGAAAAUUGCAAGUGAUGUUGAAUACAAAAAGGGUUAUGAACAGAGCAAAGGCAAGUUAAUUGGAGCUCUGAGUAUUGAAGAUGAUCCCAAAAUGAUACAUUGCCAAAAAGUGGGCAAGCAACAGAGUGAUCUGCUCUAUAAAAAAGGUUAUGAAGCAUCAAAGGCCAGAUACACAGCACCACUGGAUAUGAUUCCUGUUGUACAAGCAAAGAAAGCCCAGGCGAUCAUCAGUGAUACAGACUACAGGCAUCGCAUCCAUAAUUACUCCUAUCCUCCUGAUAGUAUUAAUGUGGAACUGGCCAGGAAGGCUAAUACUAUACUAAGUGACAAUGAAUAUAAAGCUGAUUACAACAGUUGGAUGAAAGGAAUUGGUUGGAUACCUUAUGGAUCCCUGGAUGCAGAAACAGCAAAAAGAACUUCAGGAUACGUAAGCGAGAAAAAAUACCGUCAGCCUCCAGACACUAUUAAAUUUACACAAAUUGAAGAUCAUCCUACUGUGGUUCAGGCUAAAAUCAACCAAGCCCAGCGGAGUGAUGUACUUUAUAAAGCCAAAAAUGAAGAAAUAAUUCACAAUUAUAACCUCCCGUCAGAUGCGCCUCAAUUUAUCCAGGCAAAGGUUAACUCCUACAAUAUCAGUGAUACUUAUUACAAACUGGGGUUGGAAGACCUGAAAUUGAGGGGUUAUGACCUGAGGAGUGAUGCCAUCCCCAUUAGAGCAGCUAAAAGUGCCACAAAGGCUGCCAGUAAUUUUGAAUAUAAGAGAGGCUAUGAACAAGACAAAGGCAAACUGAUUGGCUUCCAGAGCAUUCAAGAUGACCCCAAAUUAGUCCAUUAUAGGAACGUGGCCAAGAUGCAGUCAGAGCGGGACUACAAGAAAGGUUAUGAGCAAAGCAAGACUAAAUACAACAUUCCACUUGAUAUGGUGAAUGUUGUAGCUGCUAAGAAAGCCCAAGAAAUUGUCAGCGAUACCAAUUACAAGAAUGUCCUGCACAAUUAUACGUUAUUGCCAGAUGAUAUUAGUGUGGAGCGAGCUAAGAACAUGAUGCAGAUUCAGAGUGAUAAUCUUUAUAAAACAGAUUUUAAUAGCUGGAUGAAAGGAAUUGGGUGGAUCUCAAUUGGUUCCCUUGAAGCGGAGAAAGCAAGAAAAGCAGGAGAGGCUCUAAACGAAAAGAAGUACCGACAGCAUCCAGACACUAUUAAAUUUACCAGUAUUGUGGAUUCUCCCGUCAUGGUCCAGGCUAAGCAGAAUGCACUUCAGCUCAGUGAUAUUUUAUACAAAUCCUCCGGGGAAAAAAUGAAGCAUACAUAUAAUUUGCCUGCAGAUGCCCCUCAGUUUAUCCAGGCCAAAUAUAACGCAACUAAUAUCAGUGAUAAUUAUUAUAAAUAUGGCUAUCAGGACCUCAUCGCCAAAGGACCCAAUGUACUGGGUGAUGCCAUUCCAAUUACUCAUGCCAAGGCCUCAAGAAACAUUGCUAGUGACUACAAAUACAAAGAAGCUUAUCAAAAGACUAAAGGAAAACAGGUUGGUUUCCGAAACUUGCAAGACGCUCCUAUGCUUGUUCAUUCUAUGAAUGUGGCCAAGAUGCAGUCUGAGCGUGAGUACAAGAAGGAUUAUGAGAAAAGCAAGACAUGCUAUCACACACCAGUGGAGAUGGUCAGUAUCCAAGCUGCCAAGCAGGCUCAGGAUGUAGCCUCCAAUGUCAAUUACAAACAUCCGAUCCAUCACUAUACCUACCUGCCAGAUGCUAUGAAUGUGGAGCUGGCCAAGAACAGGAUGCAAAUCCAGAGUGAUGUUGCUUACAAAGAUGACUACAACAACUGGUUAAGAGGUGUGGGGUGGAGUCCCUUGGGCUCCCUGGAUAUGGAAAAAGUUAGAAAAGCUGGCGAGGCAAUAUCUGAAUCCAAAUAUCGCCAGCACCCAGACAAACUCAAGUUUACAAGUUUGAUGGAUGCUAUACCGAUGGUUUUGGCUCAACAUAAUACCAAACAGCUGAGUGAUAUAAACUAUAAGAUAGAAGGUGAGAAAGUGAAGCACACAUAUCAUUUGGAUCCAGAUGUACCUGCGUUUAUUCAAGCAAAAGUCAAUGCCUACAAUAUAAGUGAUAAUGUCUACAAAGCAGACUGGAAGAGGCGGCUUGCUGAAGGCUAUAACCUGAAAGCAGAUGCUAUUCCUAUUGUGGCCGCGAAAUCUUCACGCCACAUUGCCAGUGAUUACAAAUACAAGGAAUCCUAUGAGAAAGAAAAAGGAAAGCAAAUUGGCUUCCGUAGCCUGCAAGAUGAUCCUAAAUUGGUUCAUUAUAUGAAUGUGGCAAAACUACAAUCAGAACGCGAAUAUAAAAAAGGCUAUGAAAGCGGCAAAACUAAAUAUAACUUGCCUCUAGAUCUAUUCAGUGUAGUGGCCGCUAAGAAAGCCCAAGAAGUUGUGACUGACACAAACUACAGACAACCUCUGCACAGUUACACUCUUCUUCCUGAUGCCAUGAGUAUGGAAUUGUCAAGAAACAGGAUGCAGAUUCAGAGUGAUAAUCUUUACAAAACUGACUUUAAUACCUGGCUGAAGGGACUAGGCUGGGUGCCAAUUCAAUCUCUGGAGGCUGAAAAUGCAAAGAAUGCCACUCAAAUUCUCAGCGAAAACAAAUAUCGUCAGCAUCCAGACAAACUGAAGUAUACCAUUGACAUGGAUGCCAUGGAACAGGUGUUGGCUAAACAAAAUGCACAAACCAUGGAUAAGAGGCUGUAUAUAGAAAAAUGGAACAAAGACAAGACUGACAUUCACGUAAUGCCUGAUACACCAGAAAUACUCCUCUCCAGAGCCAACCAAAUCAUCAUGAGUGAUAAAAUAUAUAGGUCUGGCUGGGAAGAGGAGAAGAAAAAAGGCUGUGAUCUACGGUCAGAUGCUUUGUCCAUAAAAGCAGCUAAAGCUUCCAGGGAUAUUGCAAGUGAUUACAAAUACAAAUUGGCCUUCGAACAAUCAAAAGGAAGGCAGAUCGGCUUCCGUAACGUAAAAGAUGACCCUAAGCUUGUGCACUAUAUGGAAGUUGCCAAGAUGCAGUCAGAACGUGAAUACAAAAAGGACUACGAAAAAUCAAAGACCAGGUUCCACACUCCUGUCGACAUGUUCAGUGUUGUGGCAGCCAAGAAGGCACAGGAAGUGGCAACUGAUACCAACUACCGGAAUAUUAUCCACACUUACAGUGCUUUGCCUGAUUCUAUGAGCCUUGAAUUGGCCAAAAAUAUGAUGCAGAUCCAGAGUAAUAAUCAGUACAAAGCAGACUAUGAUGAAUUCAUGAAAGGGAUUGGAUGGGUACCACUAGGAUCUCUAGAAGCUGAAAAGAAUAGAAAAGCCAUGGAGAUUGUCAGUGAGAAGAAGUACAGACAACAUCCAGAUAAAUUGAAAUAUUCUAUUCUAAUGGAUUCUAUGCCAAUGGUUCUGGCGACAAGUAAUGCAAAAAUAAUGGAUGAUCACCUUUACAAAAAGGACUGGGAAGCAGAAAAGACACAGAUUCAUAUCACGUCAGAUACUCCUGAGAUUCUUUUGGCAAAAGUCAAUGCGUAUAAUAUCAGUGAUAAAAUAUAUAAACAUUCUCUGGAAGAAGCUAAGAAGAAAGGCUGUGAUCUCAGAAGUGAUGCAAUCCCUAUUAAAGCUGCUAAAGCUUCUCGGGAGAUUGCCAGUGAUUACAAAUAUAAAUUGGGUUAUGAACAGGACAAGGGUAAACUUGUUGGCUUCCUCAGCCUCCAAGAUGACCCCAAGCUUGUCCAUUACAUGCAAGUGGGCAAGAUGCAGUCAGAUCGCGAGUACAAGAAAGCCUAUGAAGGCAGCAAAACGAGAUACAACACGCCUGCUGAUACUGUCAGCAUUGUGGCUGCCAAAGAAGCACAAGACAAUAUUACCAAUAUCAAUUACAAAAGGCUCAUCCAUAAAUAUAUCCUUCUGCCGGAUGCCAUAAAUAUAGAACUGGCCAGAAACAUGAAUCGGGUUCAAAGUGAUCAUGAAUAUAAGCAAGAUUAUAAUGAGUGGUAUAAAGGUCUUGGCUGGAGCCCUGCUGGAUCAUUGGAUAUUGAGAAGUCCAAGAAAGCCACUGAAAUUGCUAGUGACACCAAAUAUCGCCAGCACCCAAGUAUUUUCCCAUUUAAGAAGCUGACUGAUUCAAUGGAUAUGGAACUCGCCAAGCAUAAUGCUGAUGUUAUGAAUAAGCGUGCAUACAUAAAUGCAUGGGAGCAAGAUAAGACAACAAUUCAUGUCAUGCCAGAUACACCAGAUAUUAUGCUGGCUAAAGCAAAUAAGUUUAAUUACAGCCAGAAAUUGUACAAACUUGGAUUGGAAGAAAUGUUGAAAAAGGGUUAUGAUCUCACUACUGAAGCCUUAUCAGUGAAAGCAGCUAAAGCAUCCAGAGACAUUGCUAGUGAUUACAAGUACAAAGACGGCUACCGCAAGCAACUCGGCCAUCAUAUUGGAGCUCGUAGUAUAGAAGACGAUCCUAAAAUGUUGCAUUCUAUAAAUGUGGCCAAGAUGCAGAGUGAGAGGGAAUACAAGAAAGUUUUUGAGAUGCUGAAGACCAAGUACAGCAGUCCUGUGGAUAUGCUGUCAGUCUUGGGGGCCAAGAAUUGCCAGAAGCUGGUCAGCGAUAUUGAUUACCGUAAUUAUUUGCACCAGUGGACAUGCCUCCCAGACCAAAAUGAUAUCAUCCAUGCCAAGAAGACCUAUGAACUACAGAGUGAUAUUGCAUAUAAAUCUGAUCUCGAAUGGCUUAAAGGCGUUGGAUGGAAUACGCUUGGAUCUCUCGAGUCGGAAAAGAACAAGAAAGCUUCUGAGAUUCUGAGUGAAAGAACUUAUCGUCAGCAUCCAGACACAAUUAAAUUCACAAGCAUUCCUGAUUCAAUGGAAGUUGUUCUGGCAAAAGAAAACUCAAAGCAUAGAAGUGAUAGACUUUAUCGAGAAGCUUGGGACAAAGAUAAGACUCAGAUUCAUAUCAUGCCUGACACUCCUGAGAUUAUGUUGUCCAGAAUCAAUUUAGUUAACUUGAGUGAUAAACUCUACAAAUUAGGAUUGGAAGAAUUGAAACGGAAAGGCUAUGAUCUUCCACCUGAUGCCAUACCGAUCAAGGCAGCAAAAGCAUCUAGAGAAAUUGCCAGUGAAUACAAAUACAAAGAGGCAUACCGUAAGCAGCUUGGUCACCACAUUGGAGCUCGUAGUGUGGAAGAUGAUCCUAAAAUAUUGCAUUCUAUAAAUGUAGGCAAAAUGCAGAGUGAGAGAGAAUAUAAGAAAGUUUUUGAGAAAUUGAAGACCAAAUAUAGCAGUCCUGUGGAUAUGCUGUCAGUCUUGGGGGCCAAGAAUUGCCAGAAGCUGGUCAGCGAUAUCGAUUACCGUAAUUAUUUGCACCAGUGGACAUGCCUCCCAGAUCAAAAUGAUGUCAUCCAUGCCAGGAAAACGUAUGAUCUUCAAAGUGAUAUUAAUUAUAAAUCAGACCUUGAGUGGCUCAGGGGUGUUGGCUGGUCUCCUAGUGGUUCUUUGGAAGCAGAGAAGAAUAAAAGAGCUUCUGAGAUCUUGAGUGACCAUGGAUAUAGGCAGCACCCUGACACUUUCGCUUUUACCAGCCCUAUUGAUUCCUUACCUAUGGCUUUGGCAAAACAUAACUCUGAAAUUAUGAAUCAGCGUAUGUAUGUUGAUGCUUGGAAUAAAGAUAAAACCAGUAUCCAUAUUAUGCCUGAUACACCUGAAAUUCUACUGUCACAACAGAACAAAAUCAACUACAGUGAUAAACUGUACAAACUGUCAUUGGAAGAGGCCAAGAAGAAGGGGUAUGAUCUUCGGAUAGAUGCAAUUCCUAUCAAGGCUGCUAAAGCAUCCAGAGAUAUUGCAAGUGAGUACAAGUACAAAGAAGGUUAUCGCAAGCAACUCGGCCAUCAUAUUGGAGCUCGUAGUAUAGAAGACGAUCCUAAAAUGUUGCAUUCUAUAAAUGUGGCCAAGAUGCAGAGUGAGAGGGAAUAUAAGAAAGUCUUUGAGAUGCUGAAGACCAAAUACAGCAGUCCUGUGGAUAUGCUGUCAGUCUUGGGGGCCAAGAAUUGUCAGAAGCUGGUCAGCGAUAUUGAUUACCGUAAUUAUUUGCACCAGUGGACAUGCCUCCCAGACCAAAAUGAUGUCAUCCAUGCCAGGAAGGCCUAUGAACUACAGAGUGAUAAUUACUACAAGUCUGAUCUUGAAUGGUUGAAAGGCAUUGGGUGGGUCCCUAUUGGUUCCUUGGAGAAUGAAAAAGUCAAGAAAGCUGGAGAGAUCCUAAGCGAAAAGUUGUAUCGUCAGCCUCCAGACAAAUUCAAAUUUACAAGUGUGACAGAUUCUCUAGAAAUACUUUUGGCCAAGCAUAAUGCAGAAAAUAUGAAUAAGCGUUUGUACACUGAAGCUUGGGAUAAAGACAAGACAGAAAUUCACAUAAUGCCUGAUACCCCUGAAAUCACUUUAGCAAGACAGAACAAGAUCAACUACAGUGAGAGUUUAUAUAAACUUUCCUUGGAAGAGGCAAAGAAGAAGGGGUGCGACUUGCGAAUCGAUGCAAUUCCGAUUCAGGCUGCCAAGGCAUCCAGAAUUAUUGCUAGUGAUUACAAAUACAAAGAAGGUUAUCGCAAGCAACUUGGCCACCACAUUGGAGCUCGUAGUAUAGAAGACGAUCCUAAAAUGUUGCAUUCUAUAAAUGUAGCCAAGAUGCAGAGUGAGAGAGAAUACAAGAAAGUCUUUGAGAAACUGAAGACCAAAUACACCACUCCUGUGGAUAUGCUGUCAAUCUUGGGGGCCAAGAAUUGUCAGAAAUUGGUCAGCGAUAUUGAUUAUCGCAAUUACUUGCACCAGUGGACAUGUCUACCAGAUCAGAAUGAUGUCAUCCAAGCUAGGAAAGCUUACGAUUUGCAGAGUGAUAAUUGCUACAAAACAGACCUUGAAUGGAUAAAAGGCAUCGGCUGGGUUCCUAUUGGUUCACUGGAUGUUGAGCGUGCCAAGAAAGCAGGAGAGAUCCUGAGUGAAAAGACAUACCGCCAACCUCCAGAGAAUUUCAAAUUCACCAGUGUGACAGAUUCUCUAGAAAUGGAAUUGGCCAGGCAUAAUGCUGAAACCAUGAGCAAGAAGCUGUAUACUGAAGCUUGGGAUACUGAUAAACUCACAAUCCAUGUCAUGCCUGAUACACCAGAAAUUGUCCUAGCAAAGUCCAACAAAUUAAACUAUAGCCAGAAAUUGUAUCGAUUGGCCAUGGAGGAAGCAAAGAAGGAUGGUUAUGACCUACGUCUUGAUGCCAUCCCAAUUCAAGCUGCCAAGGCUUCAAGAGCUAUUGCCAGUGAUUACAAGUACAAAGAAGGUUAUCGGAAGCAACUUGGCCACCACAUUGGAGCUCGUAGUGUGGAAGACGAUCCUAAAAUAUUGCAUUCUAUAAAUGUAGCCAAGAUGCAGAGUGAGAGAGAAUAUAAGAAAGUCUUUGAGCAACUGAAGACCAAAUAUAGCAGUCCUGUGGAUAUGCUGUCAAUUUUGGGGGCCAAGAAUUGCCAGAAAUUGGUCAGCGAUAUUGAUUACCGUAAUUAUUUGCACCAGUGGACAUGCCUCCCAGAUCAAAAUGAUGUCAUCCAUGCUAGAAAAGCUUAUGAUCUGCAGAGUGAUAAUUGCUACAAAGCAGACCUUGAAUGGAUAAAAGGCAUCGGCUGGGUCCCUAUUGGUUCAGUGGAUGUUGAGCGUGCCAAGAAAGCAGGAGAGAUCCUGAGUGAAAAGAUAUACCGCCAACCUCCAGAGAAUUUCAAAUUCACCAGUGUGACAGAUUCUCUAGAAAUGGAAUUGGCCAGGCAUAAUGCUGAAACCAUGAACAAGAGGCUGUAUACUGAAGCUUGGGAUACUGAUAAAUGCACAAUCCAUGUCAUGCCUGAUACGCCAGAAAUCGUCCUAGCAAAGUUCAAUAAAUUAAACUAUAGCCAGAAAUUGUACCGACUGGCCAUGGAGGAAGCAAAAAAAGAUGGCUAUGACCUGCGUCUUGAUGCCAUCCCAAUUCAAGCGGCCAAGGCUUCCAGAGCUAUUGCCAGUGAUUACAAGUACAAAGAAGGUUAUCGCAAGCAACUGGGCCAUCACAUUGGAGCUCGUAGUGUGGAAGAUGAUCCUAAAAUAUUGCAUUCUAUAAAUGUAGGCAAGAUGCAAAGUGAGAGAGAAUAUAAGAAAGUCUUUGAGAAAUUGAAGACCAAAUAUACAAGCCCUGUGGAUAUGCUGUCAAUCUUGGGGGCCAAGAAUUGUCAGAAACUGGUCAGCGAUAUUGAUUAUCGCAAUUACUUGCACCAGUGGACAUGUCUACCAGAUCAGAAUGAUGUCAUCCAAGCUAGGAAAGCUUAUGAUCUGCAGAGUGAUGCUCUUUACAAGUCAGAUCUAGAAUGGCUGAAAGGCAUUGGCUGGGUGCCUCUUGGUUCACUGAAUGUUGAACAUGUCAAGAGAGCUGGAGAAAUCCUAAGUGAAAAUAAAUAUCGGCAACCAGCUAAUCAAAUGAAAUUUACCUGUAUCACAGAUGCCUGGGAUGUAGAAUUAGCAAAGCAUAAUGCUGAGAUAAUGAGCAAGCGAUUAUACACUGAAGCAUGGGAUACUGAUAAAAUUAAAAUCAAUGUUAUGCCAGAUACCCCAGAAAUUCUGCUGGCCAAGGCAAAUUCUGCAAAUAUCAGCCAUAAACUUUAUGUCCAAGGAUGGGAAGAUACUAAGAUGAAAGGUUAUGACCUGAGAACCGAUGCUAUUCCAAUUAAAGCGGCAAAAGCUUCACGGGAUAUUGCUAGUGAUUAUAAAUACAAAGAAGCACAUGAAAAGCAAAAAGGGCAUUAUGUUGGGGUUAAAAAAAUGGAAGAUGAUCCCAAGUUGGUAUGGUUUGCCCAUGCAGGCAAGAUUCGGAGUGAUCUGGAAUACAAGAAGAACUUUGAACAAUGUAAAGCAAAUAUCCAUUGUCCUGUUGACAUGCUAUCAAUCUUAGAUGCUAAGAAUUGUCAGAAGUUGGUUAGUGAGGUGGACUAUCGCAAACAUUUGCAUGAAUGGACUUGCCUGCCAGACCAGAAUGAUAUUAUUCAAGCAAAGAAAGCAUACGAACUCCAGAGUGAUAAUGUGUAUAAGGCAGACUUGGAAUGGCUACGUGGAAUUGGCUGGCUACCAGAAGGCUCUGUGGAAGUCAAACGAGUGAAGAAUGCCCAGGAUCUGGUGUGUGAACGAUUGUACCGGCAGCGGCCAGAUUCUCUGAAAUUCACAGCUAUUGUUGAUUCCCCGGAAGUUGUCCUGGCUAAGGCCAAUGCUUUGAUGCAGAGUGGGGCUUUAUAUCGUGAAGUUUGGGAUAAUGAAAAAACACAGUACACGCUUCCACUUGACAUUCCUGAGAUUGUUCUGUCCAAAGCAAAUUCUGUGAACUACAGUAAAAAACAUUAUCAACUUGGAUUGGAGGAGAUGAAGAAGAAAGGUCAUGAUUUAAGAUUGGAUGCUAUUGAAAUCCAGCAUGCCAAGUCUUCUAGGAAUAUUGCUAGUGAGUACAAGUACAAAGAAGGUUACCGUAGGCAAGUGGGACAUCAUAUUGGAUGCCGGGAUAUCCAUGAUGAUCCCAAACUAGUGUUGGCAAUGCAUGUAGCAAAACUGCAGAGUGAAAGGGAGUACAAGAAAUAUUUUGAGAAGUUUAAAACCAAGUUCAAUAGUCCAGUGGACAUGCUGUCCAUCUUGUUGGCCAAGAAAUGUCAGAAGCUGGUUAGUGACAUUGAUUAUCGCCGCUAUCUCCAUGAGUGGAUAUGUUUGCCUGACCAGAAUGAUGUCAUCCAAGCCAAGAAAGCCUAUGACCUACAGAGCGAUAAUCUUUACAAGUCAGAUCUGGAAUGGCUCCGUGGGAUUGGAUGGAUGCCAGAAGGCUCUGUGGAUGUGGUCAGAGUGAAGAAGGCUCAAGAUCUUGUGAAUGACAGGUUGUACAAACAACGCCCAGAUGCACUGAAAUUUACCAGUAUAGCUGAUCCACCUCCAGUCCUCCUGGCUAAGGUCAAUGCUCAACAGAUCAGUGAGCAUCUGUAUCGUGAAGCGUGGGAUAAUGAGAAGGCACAGAUUAAUAUUCCUCUCGAUACCCCUGAAAUACUGCUCUCCAAGAUGAAUGCUGUGAAUGUUAGCCAUAAACAUUAUACUGGAGCCUGGGAUGAAGCCAAAGCAAAAGGUUAUGACUUUAAAGUGGAUGCGCUUUCAUUCAAGCAUGCAAAGUCUUCCAGAGAAAUUGCCAGUGAGUAUAAAUACAAAGAAACUUAUGAGAGACAGAAAGGUCAUUAUAUUGGAACCCCAUCAGUCAAGGAGGAUCCUAAACUUUCAUGGGCUGCUCGAGUAAUGAAGAUGCAAAAUGACCGUCUCUAUAAGAAAGCAUAUCACAAUUCAAAAGCCAAGAUAACCAUCCCUUACGAAAUGGUGGCUAUCCAGGCAGCCAAACAAGGGCAGGCUUUAGCCAGCGAUAUUGAUUACCAUCGUUAUCUGCACCAGUGGUCUUGUCUGCCGGAUCAGAACGAUGUGAUCCAAGCAAAGAAAGCGUAUGAACUUCAGAGCGAUAAUUUGUAUAAAGCUGAUCUGGAAUGGCUCCGUGGGAUUGGAUGGAUGCCAGAAGGCUCUGUGGAUGUGGUCAGAGUGAAAAGGGCUCAAGAUCUUGUGAAUGACAGGUUGUACAAGCUACGCCCAGAUGCACUGAAAUUUACCAGUAUAGCUGAUCCACCUCCAGUCGUCCUGGCUAAGGUCAAUGCACAACAGAUCAGUGAGAACCUGUAUCGUGAAGCGUGGGAUAAAGAGAAGGCACAGAUUAAUAUUCCUCUCGAUACCCCUCAAGUACUGCUCUCCAAGAUGAAUGCUGUGAAUGUUAGCCAUAAACAUUAUACCGGAGCCUGGGAUGAAGCCAAAGCAAAAGGCUAUGACUUUAAAAUUGACGCUCUUUCAUUCAAGCAUGCAAAAUCUUCCAGAGAAAUUGCCAGUGAGUAUAAAUACAAAGAAACUUACGAGAGACAGAAAGGUCAUUACAUUGGAACCCCAUCAGUCAAGGAGGAUCCUAAACUUUCAUGGGCUGCUCGAGUAAUGAAGAUGCAAAAUGACCGUCUCUAUAAGAAAGCAUACCACAGUUCAAAAGCCCAUAUAACCAUCCCUUACGAAAUGGUGGCUAUCCAGGCAGCCAAACAAGGGCAGGCUUUAGCCAGUGACAUUGAUUACCAUCAUUAUCUGCACCAGUGGUCUUGCCUGCCGGAUCAGAACGAUGUGAUUCAAGCAAAGAAAGCGUAUGAACUUCAGAGCGAUAAUUUGUAUAAAUCUGAUCUGGAAUGGCUCCGUGGGAUUGGAUGGAUGCCGGAAGGCUCUGUGGAUGUGGUCAGAGUGAAAAGGGCUCAAGAUCUCAUAAAUGAGAGGUUGUACAAACUACGCCCAGACGCACUGAAAUUUACCAGUAUACCUGACCCUCCCCCGGUUGUCCUGGCUAAGGUCAAUGCACAACAGAUCAGUGAGAACCUGUAUCGUGAAGCGUGGGAUAAAGAGAAGGCACAGAUUAAUAUUCCUCUCGAUACCCCAUCAAUGCUGCUCUCCAAGAUGAAUGCUGUGAAUGUUAGCAAUAAACAUUAUACUGGAGCCUGGGAUGAAGCCAAAGACAAAGGCUAUGACUUUAAAGUGGAUGCUCUUUCAUUCAAGCAUGCGAAAUCUUCCAGAGAAAUUGCCAGUGAGUAUAAAUACAAAGAAACUUACGAGAGACAGAAAGGUCAUUACAUUGGAACCCCAUCAGUCAAGGAGGAUCCUAAACUUUCAUGGGCUGCUCGAGUAAUGAAGAUGCAAAAUGACCGUCUCUAUAAGAAAGCAUACCACAGUUCAAAAGCCAAUAUAACCAUCCCUUACGAAAUGGUGGCUAUCCAGGCAGCCAAACAAGGGCAGGCUUUAGCCAGUGACAUUGAUUACCAUCAUUAUCUGCACCAGUGGUCUUGCCUGCCGGAUCAGAACGAUGUGAUCCAAGCAAAGAAAGCGUAUGAACUUCAGAGCGAUAACUUGUAUAAAUCUGAUCUGGAAUGGCUCCGUGGGAUUGGAUGGAUGCCGGAAGGCUCUGUGGAUGUGGUCAGAGUGAAAAGGGCUCAAGAUCUCAUAAAUGAGAGGUUGUACAAACUACGCCCAGAUGCACUGAAAUUUACCAGUAUACCUGACCCUCCCCCGGUUGUCCUGGCUAAGGUCAAUGCACAACAGAUCAGUGAGAACCUUUAUCGUGAAGCGUAUAAAGAGAAGGCACAGAUUAAUAUUCCUCUCGAUACCCCUCAAGUUGUGCUCUCCAGGAUGAAUGCUGUGAAUGUUAGCCAUAAACUCUAUAGGGACGCUUGGGACGAUGUAAAGAAAUACAUUGAUUACAGGUUAGACGCAAUUCCAAUCAGAACAGCCAAAGCCUCAAGACAAAUUGCCAGUGAUUACAAGUACAAAGAAGGUUACCGUAAGCAAGUGGGACACUACGUUGGAUUCCGGAAUAUUUAUGAUGAUCCCAAACUAGUGCUGGCGAUGCGCGUAGCCAAAUUGCAGAGUCAGAGGGAAUACAAGAAACAUUUUGAGAAGUUUAAAACCAAGUUCAAUAGUCCAGUGGACAUGCUGUCCAUCUUGCUGGCCAAGAAAUGUCAGAAACUGGUUAGUGACAUUGAUUAUCGCCGGUACCUCCAUGAAUGGAUAUGUUUGCCUGACCAGAAUGAUGUCAUCCAAGCCAAGAAAGCCUAUGAGUUACAGAGUGAUGCUGUCUAUAAAUCCGAUCUAGAAUGGCUACGAGGAAUUGGCUGGAUGCCAAGUGAUUCUGUCUCUGUCAACCAUGUCAAACAUGCUCAGGCCCUUAUUAACGAGAGGUUAUAUCGUACCAAAGCUGAUAAACUGCCAUUUACUCCGGUGGCUGACAGGGUUGAUUAUAUCACAGCCAAACAAGGUGGAGAAAUACUAAGCGAUGUUAAAUACCACCAGGAAUGGAACAGCAUCAAGGACAUUUAUACACUAACAGAUACACCUCGGUUGCAAGCAGUUAAAAAAGCAGCUAGGAUUCUUAAUGAGCAUCUGUACAAGGACAGCUGGGAGAAACAUAAAGCUACUGGCUACAGUUUGCCUCCUGACAGCGUGCCACUUCGUCAUGCCAAGCAUUCUGAUAACGUCCAAAGUGAGCUAAAAUAUAAGGCGGAUUACGUCAUCCAAAGAGGCCACUAUGUUGGGGUCAAUAAUAUGAGAGAGGAUCCAAAACUGGUGUGGUUUGAGCAUGCUGGCAAGAUUCAGAAUGAUAGGUUAUACAAAGAAUCCUAUCACAAAACAAAGUCCCACGUUCACAUACCCCCAGAUAUACGCUCGGUGAUUGCAGCCAGAGACUGCCAGCACCUUGUCAGUGACAUUCCAUAUCGUCUUUACCUUCAUGAAUGGACAUGUCACCCUGACCAAAAUGACUGUAUCCAGGCAAAGAAAGCCUAUGACCUUCAAAGUGAUAACCUUUAUAAAUCUGAUCUUGAAUGGCUCCGUGGCUGUGGUUGGAUUCCACUAGAUUCAGUGGAUCAUCGGAGAGUAAAGAAUGCUCAGGAAUUAAUAAACAAGAGAAUCUACACACAGGAAGCCAUUGAUAAUUUUGACCAUUUCACAUCCGUUGAAGACACUCCAGAUGUCGUUUUGGCAAAGGCAAACUCUAUCAUGCAGAGUGACGUGAAAUACAAAGAAACCUUUAACCUUCAAAAAGGCCACUACAUCGGUUCUGAUGACACACCGGCCAUAAAUCAUUCCAGAGAGAUGAUAAAACUCUACAGCGAUUACGUGUACAAGGAUGCUUGGGAAUCAAAGAAGGCUUAUGGUUACACUUUGCCUCCAGAUUACAUCCCAAUUGUUGGUGCCAAACAUGCCGAUUAUAUUAACAGCGAGCUCAAAUAUAAAGCAAUAUAUGAGAAGCUAAAGGGCCAUUAUCUGGCGGGGAAACAUAAAAAAGACUUCCCGAGUGUGCUCCAUUGUCUUGCUUUCCAAAAAAUGCGGAGUGCGUUGGCCUACAGGAAAAAUUAUGAAGACAACAAGGCGGACAUUCAUAUUCCAAGUGACAUGAUCAACCAUGUGCUGGCUAAGAAAUGUCAGUAUAUCCUCAGUGACCUUGAAUACCGAACCUACCUGCACCAGUGGAACUGUUCCCCCGAAGAGAAUGAUGUGGUGGUGGCUAAGAAGGCUCAGGAGAUUCUGAGUGAUGUGCUGUACAAAGAUGAUUUGACAUGGCUGAAGGGAAUUGGAUGCUACGUGUGGGACACUCCUCAAAUCCUGCAUGCCAAGAAGUCCUAUGACCUUCAGAGUCAACUGAUAUACACAAAACAAGGGAAGGACAAUUUACCGAACUAUGGUGUGGUUAUGGACACUCCAGUUUAUGUAACUGCCGUUCAGAGUGGCCACAAUGCUAGUGAGGUGAAAUAUAAAGAACAAUACCAUAAAACAAAGGACAAAUAUACCACAAUAUUGAAAACAGCAGAUCAUGAUAGGAUCCAGAAUCUCAAGCACCUCUUCAGUAAUAAUGUAUACAAGAAACUGUGGGAGAAAAUCAAGUCCAUCACUUAUAAAUUGCCUCCUGAUGCUGUGCCUUUUGUUCGUGCUAAACAGCUGAAAUAUAAUGCCAGUAUUGUGAAAUAUCGGGAAGAGUAUGAUAAAUUUAAAGCACUCUACACUAUACCUAGAGGUGUCCAGGAUGAUCCCAACACUGCAAGAUGCUUAAGAGUUGGCAAGCUGAACAUUGAUCGUUUAUACAGAGACGUCUAUGAAAAGAACAAGGCUAAAAUCCAUAUUGCCCCAGACAUGGUGGGCAUUGUGACAGCUAAGAAAACACAGAAGAAAAUCAGUGAAGUUGAUUAUCGUAUCCAUCUCCAUCAGUGGGCUAGUAUUCCAGAUCCUCAUGCCAAUAUUCUUGCCCGAAAAGUCAAUAAUCAACUUAGUGAUUUUGUAUACAAAGACGAUCUCAACUGGCUCAAAGGCAUUGGCUGUUUUGUUUGGGACACUCCUGAAAUUCUUCAUGCUAAACAUGCCUAUGACCUUCGCAAUCUCCUCAAAUACAAGGCGGAGGCAGAGAAAAUGAAGAGCAAAUAUUCUGUAGUCACACACACACCUCUCUAUGUUCAAAAUGUCCUCAGUGGCAAGAAUCUGAGUGAAGCUGUUUACCGCCAUAACUACGUGCAUCAUAUCAAAGGGAAAUAUACACCAACAAAUAAAACAGUGGAUCUGGAGCGGGCAAAUCGGGCGUACAAGAUACAGAGCGAACCUCUCUACCGGAAUGCUGGCUUGCAUGCCCUUCCCACUGGAUACAAACUCCCACCAGAUACCCCUGGUUUCAAGCAUGCUAAACAUGCCUACUAUAUUGGCAGUGAUAUAAAAUAUAAAGAAAUUUUUGAACACAUCAAGGGCACUGGUUACAAUUUUGGGCCCAAAGCUGUUCCAUUUGUACAUACAAGGAAAGUCAAUAAAAUCCUUAAUGAGAGAAUGUAUCGGGAGGUGUAUCACAAAAAUAAAGAUAAAAUUCAUACUACACCUGAUACUCCACACAAUCGCCAAGUGAAAAUAAACCAAGAAGCUUUCAGUGAUCUUAUCUACAAGACUGAUUUCUUCAAGAUGCAAGGACAUUUGAUUUCCUUACCAUUUACUCCACAAACUGUACACAACCGCUAUGUCGGAGAAAUUACAAGUGAUAUUAAAUACAAAAGUGAUCUACAAUGGCUCAAAGGUAUCGGCUGCUUCCUGUAUGAUACUCCAGAUAUGGUCCGUUCGCGACAUUUACGCAAACUCUGGUCUCAUUAUGUGUACACUGAUGCUGCAAAGAAAAUGCAAGACAAAUACUCUGUGGUUCUGGAUACCCCUGUUUAUAGAAAAGACCAGGAGCUAAAGACCCACCUUAGUGAGAUUGUAUACAGAGCUGCAGGUAAAGAGCAAAAGACUAAGUACACAUCAAUCCUUGAUACACCAGAUUUCAAGAGGGCCAAAAGGGGACAAAAACUGCAGAGCCAGUACUUGUAUGUUGAACUCGCCACCAAGGAAAGACCACAUCACCAUGCUGGAGAUCAGACGCCUGCCUUAAAACUUGCUAAGCAUGUGAAGGACUUUGCCAGUGAGAAAAAAUACAGAUCACUCUACGAUAAACUAAAGGAUAAAUACGUAACAGUCCCAGAUACACCAAUCCUCAUCAGAGCUAAGAAGGCUUAUCUGAAUGCCAGUGAUCUGCGUUACAAAGAAACAUUUGAGCGAGCAAAGGGUAAAUACCACACUGUAAAGGAUGCCUUAGAUAUUGUCUAUCACCGCAAGGUCACUGAUGAUAUCAGCAAAGUGAAAUAUAAAGAAAAGUACAUGAGCGAAUUAGGAUUUUGGAGAUCUAUCCCAGACCGGCCAGAACACUACCACCAUCGUGCAGUCACUGAUGCAGUUAGUACUGUUAAAUAUAAGGAAGAUUUAACAUGGCUCAAAGGCAUAGGAUGCUACGCAUGGGAUACUCCUGAUCUUGUCCUCGCAGGAAAGAAUAAAGCUCUGUAUAGUCCAUAUAAGUACAAGGAAACAUUUGAAAAGACAAAAUCCAAGUUCAAGUACGUUGCUGACACUCCAAUUAACAAACAUUUUAAAUAUGCUACUCGGUUGAUGGAUGCGAAAUUGUACAAAUCAGAGUACGAGAAGAAGAAGGAUAAGUAUUCCUUUGUGGUGGAUGACCCUAAAACCUUGCUGGCCAAAUGGGGAGGAGAGUUAAGCAGUCAGUACAAGUACAAAAGGCUGUAUGAAAAGCAGAAGGACAAAUUUACAAGUAUUGUGGAUACUCCAGAACAUCUGAGGACUACCAAAGUCAACAAGCUAAUCAGUGAUAUUCUUUAUAAACUGGAAUUCCAGAAAGCCAAACCAAAGGGAUAUACCAGCAUUCAUGAUACUCCCAUGAUUCUCCAUGUACGGAAGGUCAUGGACAGAAUAAGUGAACUGAAAUACAAAGAACUCUAUGAGCAGAAUAAAUCUCACUGCAAUGUGAUACCAGAUUCAGUUCACAUUAAAGCUGCUAAGCAGGCUUACAAAGUGAACAGCAAUCUGGAUUACAAGAAGAAAUAUGAAGCAACCAAAGCUCACUGGCACUGGACCAUGGAUAGACCUGACUUUAUCCAAGCUGCUAAGACAUCCUUGCAACAGAGUGAUUACGAAUACAAGCUUGACCGAGAAUACCUCAAAGGAUGCAAGUUGUCUGUAACAGAUGACAAAAACACAGUGUUGGCAUUGCAGAAUGCAAUCUUGGCAAGUGAUUUAAAAUAUAAAGAGAAGCACAACAAGGAACGGGGAAGCAUCCUUCCUAUUCCAGACACUCCCCAGAUCCUUCUUGCCAAGCUGGUUAGCUCUCUUGUGUCUGAGAACAAAUACAAAGAGCAUGUGAAGAAACACCUCCCACAUGGUUCUUUCACAAAAUUGCCAGAAACACGGGAUACUGUUCAUGUCAAAAAAGUCACCAGUAAUGUUAGUGAGACAAAUUAUAAAAAGAAAUUUCAAAAACAAAAAGGCAAGUCAGAUUAUUCUAUCAUGGUGGAACCUCCUGAUGUAAAGCACGCCAUGGAUGUGGCAAAGAAACAGAGUAUUGUCGAAUAUAAAAAAGAUGCCAAAUCACAGCUCCACUAUACCACUGUGGCAGAUCGACCCGAUAUUAUGAAGGCCACACAAGUCUCCCAUUUAGUCAGCGAUAUUGAAUACAAAGGCAAAGGUCGCAAAGAUGCUGGAGUAGGAGUCACCAUGCUUGGACGUCCAGAUAUUGAACUUGCCAAAGAAGUGUCCAAACUAACCAGCCAGAUCAAGUACAAAGAAAGAUUUGAUAAAGAAAAAGGAAAGAGGCCUCAAUACGAUCUGAAGGAGAGCAAGAUCUACAAGACCUUGAAAGAUGCUCACCACAUUGCAAGUGAGGUUAAAUAUAAGGCAGAUCUGAAGAAACUUCACAAGCCAGUGACUGAUAUGUCUGAAUCUCUUGCGAUGAAUCAUGUUUUGAACACCAGCCACCUUGCCAGCACUUACCAGUACAAGAAGCAGUACGAGAGGAAUAAAGGUCACUACCACGUAAUUCCAGAUAACCUUGAACAGCUCCAUCUAAAGGAGGCCUCAGAACUUCAGAGCAUAGUGAAAUACAAGGAAAAAUAUGAAAAGGAAAGAGGAAAACCCAUGCUGGACUUUGAAACACCUACAUAUAUCACUGCUAAGGAAGCCCAACAGAUGCAGAGUGAGAAAGAAUAUAAGAAAGAUUUUGAAGAGUCCAUUAAGGGCCGGAAUCUUACCGGUUUGGAGGUUACACCAUCUUUACUGCAUGUCAGAUAUGCCACUAAAAUAGCAAGCGAGAAAGAAUACAGGAGAGAUUUAGAAGAAGGUGUAAAAGGCAAAGGUCUAACAAUUCUAGAAGAGACACCAGAUUUACUUAGAGCAAAGAAUGCAACCUAUAUCUUGAAUGAGAAAGAAUACAGGAAAGCUCUGGAGAUGGAAAUCAAAGGAAGGGGACUAACAGACCUUUCAUUGGAGACACCUGAUUAUAUGAGGGCAAAGAAUGCCACAGAUAUUGCUAGUGAACUUAAAUAUAAGCACUCUGCGGAAAUGGAAAAAGCCAAUUAUACCACAGUUGUUGACACUCCAGAAAUCAUCCAUGCACAUCAUGUGAAGAACUUUUCCAGUAAGAAAAAGUAUAAAGAGGAUGCAGAGAAAACCAUGCCAUACUAUGUCUCUGUGUUAGAGACUCCAGAAAAUCAGCGGGUCCGAGAAAAUCAAAAGAAUUUUAGCAUGCUUCAGUAUCAACAUGAUCUGCAGGACAGUAAAGGAAAGGUCACCGUUGUAAAUGAAACACCAGAAAUAUUAAGAGUUAAAGAAAACCAGAAAAAUUUCAGCUCGGUUUUAUACAAAGAUAUCAUUGGAACAGGAACAGCAAUUGAAAAAACACCAGAGACACAGAGAAUUAGAAAAACCACAGAUGCCAUUAGCACGAUUAAGUACAAGGAGCACAUUGGGAAAGGAACUCCCAUUUCUGACCUUCCUGAAGUAAAACGGGUCAAGGAGACCCAGAAACACAUCAGCUCGGUAAUGUACAAAGAGAAUGCAGGGCAAGGAACUGCAAUAUCAAGUACUCCAGAAAUAGAGAGAGUCAGACGCAAUCAAGAUCACAUUAGCUCGGUGUCUUACAAAGAACAGGUGGGCACAGGAAUGGCAACUCCUGUUACACCAGAAAUGGAACGGGUCAGACGUAAUCAGGAGAACAUUAGCUCGGUAUUAUACAAAGAGAAUUUAGGGUCUGGAACUCCAACAACUAUUACUCCAGAGUUGGAGAGAGUCAGACGCAAUCAAGAAAUCUAUAGCUCGGUCCUAUACAAAGAAAAUCUAGGGACAGGCACCCCGACUCCUGUCACUCCUGAGAUGGAGAGAGUCAAACACAACCAAGAAAUCAUUAGCUCGGUGUUGUACAAAGAGAAUGUAGGGAAAGCAACCCCAACUUCUGUCACUCCAGAGAUGGAGAGAGUCAAACGCAAUCAAGAACACAUUAGCUCGGUGUUGUACAAAGAGGACAUAGGGAAAGGAACUUCUGUACCCAUCACUCCCGAGAUGGAAAGAGUUAAAUGCAAUCAAGAAUACAUUAGCUCGGUUGCAUACAAAGAAGAUGUAGGGAAAGGAACCCCUACACCUGUCACUCCAGAGAUGGAGAGAGUUAAACGCAAUCAAGAACACAUUAGCUCGGUCUUAUACAAAGAGGGACUGGGAAAAGGUACCCCUAUACCUGUCACUCCUGAGAUAGAGAGAAUCAGACGCAAUCAAGAACACAUUAGCUCGGUGAUGUACAAAGAGGACAUAGGGAAAGGAACUCCUACCCCUGUCACUCCAGAGAUGGAGAGAGUCAAACGCAAUCAAGAACAUAUUAGCUCGGUUUUGUACAAAGAGGGUUUGGGGAAAGGUACUCCGAUACCUAUCACUCCUGACAUGGAGAGAGCGAAGCGCAAUCAAGAGUUCAUUAGCUCGGUUCUCUACAAAGAAAAUUUGGGGCAGGCAACCCCAACACCAGUUACUCCUGAGAUGGAAAGAGCCAAACGCAAUCAAGAAAACAUUAGCUUGGUUUUGUACAAAGAGAGCCUGGGAAAAGGAACCCCAACUUCGAUCACUCCAGAGAUGGAGAGGGCCAAACGCAAUCAAGAAAACAUUAGCUCGAUCCUCUAUUCAGAUAGCUUCCGGAAGCAAGUACAAGGUAAAGCACCUUUUGUCUUCGAUACCCCUGAAAUGAGGCGUGUUCGGGAGACACAGCGGCACAUUUCCACAGUGAAAUACCAUGAAGACUUUGAAAAGACCAAAGGUAGUUUCACACCUGUUGUCACAGAUCCCAUAACAGAACGUGUCAAGAAGAAUAUGCAAGACUUCAGUGACAUUAACUAUAGGGGCAUUCAGAGAAGAGUCGUAGAAAUGGAGCAGAAACGAAUAGGUCAGGAUCAAGAACUGAAUAACCUAACAGGCCUUCGUGUUUGGCGAACCAAUCCUGGAUCGGUCUUUGACUAUGACCCAGCAGAAGAUAACAUUCAGUCGAGAAGCUUGCACUUGCUGGCAGUUCAAGCCAAGCGACGUAGCCGAGAGCAUUCACGUUCCGCCAGUGCUGUCAGUCUCAGUGGCGGGGAUGAAAAAUCUGAGCAUUCAGAGGCCGCCGAUCAGCAUUUGUCAUAUUACAGCAAUGGAGGCUUCUUUCCUACAACUGCAACAGUGGAAUACAAACAUGCCAAAACUGUAGAGCUGCCACAACAAAGAUCAUCUUCUGUUGCGACUCAACAGACUACAAUAUCUUCCAUCCCCUCUCAUCCAUCCACUGCAGGGAAGACUUAUCGUGCUAUGUAUGACUACACAGCAUCGGAUGCUGAUGAAGUCUCUUUCAAAGAUGGUGAUGCAAUUGUCAACGUCCAAGCCAUCGACGAAGGAUGGAUGUAUGGAACUGUGCAAAGAACAGGCAAAACAGGCAUGCUUCCAGCCAACUACGUAGAAGGAGUUUAAACGGAGACUCACAUUGACAUGGACAAUAAGAAGGCCCUUUAUGCCACAUCAGUUCAGUACAAUUCAUAACAAGUCGCCAAAAAUGCCUUAUUUUCUCUCUCUUGAUACAUGUGAAGAAUUGUCUGGCAUCUAAAACUUUCAGGAAACAUUAUCCAUCCCUAGUUUGACUAGGUGUUUAAAAGAGAGUUUUGGGUACUUGAAAUUCAGUACGUCAUCCCUCUUUUAAUUCAGCUGAAUUUGUACGAUUCAGUUUAUUUUCACGAAUCAUUGAAUUGUAUUGGUUUAUGUGGUUUUUCCAAGAGAUGCAGUGAUCACACACGAUAGUCUAAACACAGCCGGAUGUAUCCAUGUCUGUUUCUAGUAUACACCACCUUAAACUAGUUAAAAGUGGAAAGCCUCUCUUCUGCUCUACUUAGAGAAUGCUGAUGUGAUGCAUGCAUUGUUAAUCUGCGUGUUCUUGGGUCGCAGUGCUGUUAAUUUCCUCUCAAAUUAGUGACUAAUAAAUGUCAUGUUUCCGCAAA